CAGCAAGAAAGCUCCUCUUCCUCCUAUUUGAAAGAUAAUUAGAAAACGCCCAGAAAAAGCUCUUCUCUCACAGAUUCUGCUUUGGAAGUUGCUUUUUGCUAUCCCAUUUGCUCCCAAUUCCAAUUCUCAGCUUAGGCGCUUCUAAUUUUGAUUGUUUUGGUGGAUCUUUUUUUGGGCGCAGAUAUUGUCAAUAUUGUGCUUUGAUUCCAGAUUUCUGCAUACAUUCUGAAGCAGAAGUUUGAAGGGUAAAGUUGUAGUGAAUUGUUCAGCCUCCAAGAUGGCAGCAAAACUUCUUGCAACUAUACUUGUCACAGGCACUGGAGUGGUGGCACGUUCUUUGGCUCAAGCAUAUCGUCAGGCACUAGCAAAUGCGGCUAAAAAUGGUGUGGCUCAAGAAACGGUGCAAUCAGUGGUAAAAUCAGCCAAUAAAACCAUGAAUGCUGCAGAGGCAAGGCAAAUUCUUGGAGUAUCGGAGAAAGCUUCAUGGCAAGACAUCUUGCAGAAAUACGACACUUUGUUUGAAAAGAAUGCGAAGCAGGGGAGCUUUUAUCUUCAAUCAAAAGUCCACCGAGCUAAAGAAUGUUUGGAAACAAUCCUAGGUCCACAGACAGGUGCUUGAUGUAAAACUUGGAAUCUUGGUUGGGAACAUCCUGUAGUAAUGUGACCUCUUAGAAACCUCCCUCAGCAUGUUUAAAGCUGACUUCUUUCGUUCUUCAAUUAUCCUCUUCGUUCUGUUGUGAGUUAUUCUUUACGAGCUUGGCUUUGGGGGGUUGGUGCCGGGCUCUGAUGUGCUCAUUUCUUUUGAUGCUCUUUGAAGGAAUAUUAGCAGCCUAGCAGGUAUUAUAGCAACAAAAGUAGGGUGCGGAUUUCUUCUCCGGGCAAAAUGAGAUUCCUACUUUGCCUUGAGAAUAUAAUUCGUACACUUGUAAGAAGAAAGAUGACUAAUAUUGGGAAUGAGCUUCUGAAUUUCUUGUUCAGGCCCAGUCUUCUUGCAUGGCCAUCUCAAAAUUUGUUUCGAUUUUUAACACAAUUUUUUUGUUUUUUCCUUUUCUACAAUUCAUGUAUUUGUCUCCUUAAGUCCUUAAUCAGAGAUGGGCCAAACAUUGUAUAGCCCAGCUAUUGAGGACACCCAGGCCUCGCUGGAUACUAAAAAUGGCUGGGCUUUGUUACUGGUUUUAGCCUGUUAGUUGUAAGGUUGAUUCUCAUCAUUGAUAUAAGCCAAAGAAAUGAGCUUUAAAUUUAAAUUUUCUUAAAGGGGAAAGGAAAAGAAUAAAAUGAAAGUGAUAUUAAGUAGUAAGUAGUAUUAAUUAUUCUCC